GUUCAAAGCAUGGUUCAAAGUUCAAGUGUUUAGUAUUUAAAAAAAACAAUUGUCUCCGAGUUUAGUUUUUAAUUAUGGCGUCACCAAGCAAGAGUGACAGCCAUGCCCUCUCCAGGAUUAGAGCUAGGAACGAUUACGUCAUGCGUUUUCUUCAGCCCGGGGAUUUGGUCAAAAUUGACAGACGGAUUUAUUAUCACUGGGGAGUGUAUAUAGGUGACGGUAAGCUAAUUCACAUUACUAAAGAGAGACCACUGGAUAAAAGUUGUGGCGAGAUUCGGGAGGAUGACUUAAUGAAAGUGGCGGGAAAAUCGAAAAUCUACGCAGGCAACGACAGGGAUUCCCGAUACACGCCACGGAGUCCGGACAAAAUAGUGAAAAAGGCCAAAAGGUGUGUCGGAAGCGUUGAUUAUAACUUAAUUACGAGAAACUGUGAACAUUUUGCUAAUUAUUGUCGGUAUGGUCAACGUGUCAGUGAACAGCUCUUAUUUCUGGGUUCUCCGUCAGAAGAAUUAAAAGAGAGAAGUCUGCAUUCUGAUUCAUUAUUUAAUGAUUAGAGAAAAUAGAGCUAAUAAUCUCUGCACCUGUCUAGAUGUCAUUGCUGCUCGAUGCUCGUGUAGCUGUACUGUAGUUCAGACGACCAGAUAACAUAGAAUAACUUUGUAAGCGCCUUGACUACAUUGAAUACAGUUUAUUAACAGAAUGGCGGAACCGUCUACGUCACGUCGUUGUGCCUACAUUCUGGCUUCUACAGCACAAAGCAGUCAAUAAGUCGUUUCUAAGAUCAUAGGCAUUCAGAAGCAGUCUCCUUUGUUUAUAGUUUUAAUGAAUUUUAAUCUAGCUUUAACAAUUUAAUUGCUAAUAGGAGUAAGCAGUGGCGUCACUAAGGUAGGUGUUACACGGCGAGGCCAGCACCACCGUUCCUUCUGGUGACCCCACUGUGAUAGGAUACAGAUUCAUUCAUGCAUUUUAUAAUCAAAGUAGUUUAUGUUUAGACCAGCGGUUCUCAACCUUUAGUCUCGGCGACCCCUUUUUGCAAUCCCCCACUCUGCCGCGACCCCCCCCCCCCGGCACACAUACACAGCAAUAGAAGAAUGGACAAAAACAUUCCAUUUUUGCGAUGGUCUUAGGCGACCCCUGGCAAAUCGUCAAUCGACCCCAAAAGGGGUCGCGACCCACAAGUUGAGAACCCCUGGUUUAGACAGAAAAGAUUAUAAGAUUUAGGAUAGUGAUAAGAGAGAAGGCUGCUAGGACAUAGACAAGGACAUAUUUUCCUGUACAGAUAAACGAUGUAUUUUUUUCGUGAGGAAUGUUUUGAAGAAUUAUUUGAACUAUUGUCAAGCAGCUGUUGAAACUCGCUGCAUAAUCUGGAUUGUAUUAUUAAGACCAUAUCACAUCAAUAUUUUAAAACAACUUAACCUACGCAUUGCAUUAUGCCAUUUUAAUUGUUCUGUGUUUGAGAAGAACAUUAAGACCUGUCUUUUCCAAAUUUUUAAAGAUUAGUUUGUCCUUUAAGCAUUUGUAAUUAUGUCUAUUAUGUUAUUUCUGUCUUGUUUUGUUAAAUUAACUGUAUCGAUAGUGGUGUCAUACGAUAUAUCAAUAUCUGUGGUAACAAUAAAAAAAAAGUUACA